AUGGUUUUUUUUAUUGAUUUUGGCGAGGAUUGCUGGAAUGCUAUUAAUUCAAGAAUAGAUGAUCCAAUCAUUGGAGAAGAGCUCAUACAUUCAGAUGCAAUAAAUAGUACCAGUGAACCUACAUUGAUUGAUGACAUCGACAAAAAUGGAUAUAAAGUUCAUGAUGAGGAAGAAAUCAUUGAAACGGGUGAGAUAAAUGAUGAAACACAAUAUUUUGUCGACAUAGACGGACAUCUUUCACAUGAGGAUAAUGAAACCGAUCCAAACGAUGUUUUCAAUCAAUCUUUUGAGGGCUGUAUAAUCGGAAAAAAAUUUAAUGAUGCAGAAGAUGCUUAUAAUUUCUAUAACGAGUAUGGUCUGUCUAAAGGUUUUGGGUGUAAGGCGAUGUUACAAGUGACUCUGUCAGAGCAAGGAAAGUGGGUUGUGGACAAGUUUGAGGAUGAACACAAUCAUCCUUUGGAUAAUCUGUCACAGGUACCAAGACAGUGGUCUCACAAGGUCUUUCAUCGUUCCAAAGAAUGUAAGGAUCUUGUAAAAUUGAUGUCACAACAAGGCAUCAGACCUAGUGCAAUCACGAAAAUAGUGAAUGCAUAUAAGGGUAAUCUAGAGGACAAACUAACACGAAUUCAGUGUUCUGCUAUUGUUGGUGAAGAAAGGAAAUUCAACUUAGGCAAAGAGUAUCAUGGAAUUAUUAUGCAUUUUCAAGAGAAAGCUAAGGUGGAUAAAGAUUUUUAUUUUGCAAUAGAUUUGAACACCGAUGGGACAUUUAAAAGUGUGUUUUGGGUUGAUGGCCGAUCAAGAUCCGCUUAUAACCAGUUUGGUGAUGUUGUUGUUUUUGAUGUAACUUACAAGACGAAUACAUUUGGCUUGCCAUUUGCUCCGUUUAUUGGGGUUAACCACCAUGGUCAAACUAUUUUGUUUGGAGCAGCAUUGUUAGAAAAUGAAACCGAGGUGACAUUUACAUGGUUGUUCAAAAAUUUUCUAGAAUGCAUGUAUGAUUGUCCACCUAUUUCUAUCAUUACCGACCAAGAUAUGGCUAUGGGUAAAGCAAUUCAAAAGGUGUUCCCCAACUCAAGGCAUCGAUUUUGCGCUUGGCAUAUUAGAAAGCAUGUUAUAGAGCACCUUCAACCAUUACGCUCUCGACUUUUUGAUUUUAAAGAUACCUACAAUAAGUGGGUAAAAAGCCAAAAUAUUAGUGAUAUUGAAGCAGGCUGGGAAGUUUUAAAGGAGAAAUAUAACAUAGAUGAUGAUACUUGGUUGGGAAAGAUGUAUAAGUUACGUCGUUUUUGGGUUAAAGCAUAUCUCAAAGACACAUUUUUUGCUGGAAUGACAACUAGCGGGCGAAUGCAAUAUGACAAGGCUAUGAGUUCGCGAAGAAUGGCGGAAGAAGAUGAAGAUUUCAGAACAGUAGACUCACAACCGACAUUGCAUAGUGACCAUCCGAUUGAAGUAAUGGCAGCAAAUGUUAUACUCGAAAUAUCUAUGAGAUCUUCAAAAAAGAAUGGAAGGCUAGUUUUGAUUGUGGUCAUGAAAAAAUAUGCAAAGAUGACAAGUUGGUCACAUAUCGUGUUGGUUACUUAG